AUGUCGUGGGUAAGAUCGGCGGUGAUCAAAGCGGUGGAAGCAGGUGGCCAACACAAUCUCAGCCGCGCCGUUCGCAACUACGCCGACUCCGUCGUCCUCCAUGCAAGCAACGCCGUCGCCGGCGGCGCCAAAAUCAUCCAGGACCGCAUUGUAUCUCGUAAUAUGCAAAGUUUUAGGCAUACUGUAAAACGGUUAGAAGAAGUUUCUGUUUCGUGUAGAGGGAUAGAGAGGGUUCAGUUGCUAAGAAGGUGGCUGGUUGCGCUGAAAGAAGUUGAGAGACUAGCUGCUACUUGCACUGACCCCAAUGCUAAUGAUCCAGAUAACCAGUUUCUUUCUGAUGAGUUCAAGGAUUCACCUGCAAAACCCACUUUGGUUUACUAUGUAGACCCUGGCAUGAUGGGUGAACCAAAAAAUUUUCGUGAUGUGUUUCUUCACAGUCAAGCUCUUGAGGGCAUAACAUUUUCAAUGAUUCUUGACGCACCAAAUGAGGAAGAAGUUUCACUACUUUCAGAGAUAUAUGGGCUCUGUAUUCAAGGAGGAAAGGAAGAACAUAUGGCCGUGUUAUCCAGCGUGCAGGAUUUGGCAAAAGCAUUUUCUGGAUAUGAAGAUGAAGUACUGGCCAAGCGAGAGGAAUUACUUCAAUAUGUCCAAGCUGCAAUUUCAGGGCUGAAAGUAAAUGCUGAUCUCAUGAGAAUAGAAGAUGAGGCCUCCAAUCUGAUAGAAAAAAUUGAGAAGAUGAAGGAAAUGGAUGCAGAUCAUUUUGUAAAUUCACCUAAAAAGACCAAUGCUGUGGCAAUAGAGGGUCAUGAUGAAGCUGUGUUAGAAAUUCAAAUGUUUUCAAAGUUGGUGGAACUCUUAUUGAAAAGGAAAUCCUUUAGCUACGGUGAUUCUCCACAACUUCAUGCUGAAAAGGUUGAUAAAUUGAAAGUUUUAUCAGAGUCUCUUGCAAAUUCUACCUCAAAAGCUCAGAGUCGCAUUUUGGAAAACAGAUCUCAAAAAGAAGAAGCACUUCUUUUUCGGGUAACUAAGACCAAUGAGGUUGGCCAAAUUGAGAAGGAAUUGGCAGUGGAAAUUGAAGAACUUCAGAAGCAGAAAGAUGAGCUUGAAGACAGACUGAAAAAGGUCAACACCUUGCUGGUGGCUGCUCGUCUACGCCUCCACAAUGCAAAAGAAGAAAGAGAGCAGUUUGAUGAAGCAAGCAAUGAAAUUAUUGUACAUUUAAAAACAAAGGAUGAUGAGAUGGUGCGAGCCAUUACUUCUUAUACAAUGGAAGCCAGUGUUGUUGAUACGUGGAUCCAUUUUCUAGAGAGCACAUGGGUUCUUCAAACCUCACAUACAAAGAAAAAGGAGGAGCAGGUCAAUGCUGAACUGGGGAGAUAUGGAGAUCAUUUUGUGAAUUUGGUUAUUCAUCUUCUGUCUUCUUACAAGGAAAAAUUGGGUUCAUCUGUUACUCAAAUAAGAAAACUUGUGGAGAAUUUAAGUUCAAGUCAAGGGUUAGAAAUAUCAGCAGCUGUAGAUGAUCAUGAUGGUUCGAAAGUAGUGAAUCCAAGGAAAAAGCUUGAAGAAGAAUAUUUGGAUAUUGAAUCCAAGUUUUUAACCACACUGAAUAUAGUGGACACCUUGAACAAGCAGUUUCACAAUCAAAAGGAAGGCAUUUUCAGAAAAGACAUGGACAAGGUCACAGAACUAUUAGAUGCCAUCAAGAAAACAAAAGAUGAAUUUGAAUCUAUUGAGAGGCCAAAGUUGGAUAUUGAGAAUCCACCUCAAAGUUCAGAAACACCAUCAAGAAGUCCUUCACCUACCUCCAGGGCUAAUAAGCACAAGCAAGAUAGAGUGAUCAACCCUCCCUUAAUUACUGGGAAAGCUAAAUCAGUAGCAGCAGAAUCAUCAAAAAUAGAAGCAGAACUUGAUAAAUUAAGCGAUGAUGACUCAGCGGAAGAGAUAAGUGAAUGGGAGUUUGAUGCUCUUGAUAAAGAUCAUCAUCACACCAGGAGUUGAACACGAACAAAAUAGACUAGAAUUACU